UUGGCCGGGCAGGCAGGAGGCCCCGGGUUUGCGGCUCCCGCGGCCGCGGCACGGCCCUCCCGCGACAUGGCCAGCUCCGGAGAGCUGGGGAAGCCAGGCUGACGGCUGCUCUUGGAGGUCCUGUGGGAAUUCGGUGUCCCCCUUAUUUUCAGGACAUGUCCAACGAUGAUGACUCACACCCUGCAGCAGCUGGGAUGGCGGGCAGUGCCCAUCUCCUGGGGUUCUCUGACGAGAUCCUCCUGCAUAUCCUGAACCACGUCCCUAGCACAGACCUGAUUCUGAAUGUCCGGCGCACCUGCCGGAAGCUUGCAACCCUGUGCCUUGACAAGAGCCUCGUUCACACCGUGUUGCUGCAGAAGGACUAUCAGGCGAGCGAGGACAAGGUAAAGCGGCUGGUGAAGGAGAUUGGCCUGGAGAUCCAGCAGCUGAACAUGGCUGGCUGCUACUGGCUGUCGGGCUCCACCAUCGAGCAUGUUGCCCGGUGCCGCAGCCUGGUGAAAGUGAACCUCUCUGGCUGCCACCUGACCUCCCUGCGCCUCUCUAAGAUGCUCUCGGCCCUGCAGAACCUGCGUUCGCUGGCCAUCGAUGUGAGCCCGGGCUUCGAUGCCAGCCAGCUGAGCGGUGAGUGCAAGGCCACACUGAGCCGUGUGCGGGAGUUGAAGCAGACACUGUUCACACCCUCCUACGGUGUGGUGCCCUGCUGCACCAGCCUCGAGAAGCUGCUGCUCUACUUUGAGAUCCUGGACCGCACGCGUGAGGGUGCUAUCCUCUCGGGCCAGCUCAUGGUGGGCCAGAGCAAUGUGCCCCACUACCAGAACCUGCGGGUCUUCUAUGCUCGUCUGGCGCCAGGCUACAUCAACCAGGAGGUGGUGCGGCUGUACCUGGCCGUGCUCAGUGACCGCACACCCGAGAAUCUGCAUGCCUUCCUCAUCUCUGUCCCUGGCAGCUUCGCUGAGAGUGGAGCCACCAAGAACCUCCUGGAUUCCAUGGCCCGCAAUGUGGCCUUGGAUGCCCUGCAGCUGCCAAAGUCCUGGCUGAACGGCUCGUCCCUCCUCCAACACAUGCAGUUCAACAAGCCCUUUUACUUCAGCUUCAGCCGGUGCACCCUAUCCGGUGGCCACCUGAUCCAGCGGGUCAUCAAUGGUGGGAAGGACCUCCGGAGCCUAGCCAGCCUGAAUCUUAGCGGCUGUGUCCACUGCCUCUCUCCGGACUCGCUGCUCCGCAAGGCAGAGGAUGAUAUUGAUAGUAGCAUCCUGGAGACGCUGGUGGUGUCCUGCUGCAACCUGCGGCAUCUGAACCUCUCGGCUGCCCACCACCACAGCUCCGAGGGCCUGGGCAGGCACCUUUGCCAGCUCCUGGCUCGGCUGCGCCACCUGCGCUCCCUCUCCCUGCCUGUCUGCUCCAUCGCUGACUCAGCGCCACGGGCUGACCGCGCGCCUGCCCAGCCUGUGAUGCAUGCUGUGCCCCGCGGCUUUGGCAAGAAGGUGCGCAUUGGCGUGCAGUCCUACCCCAGCCCCUUCUCGGGCCAGACAGUCCCCCAGCCUUCCUCUGUGUUCUGGUCUCUGCUGAAGAACCUGCCUUUUCUGGAACACCUUGAGCUGAUCGGGUCCAAUUUCUCCUCUGCCAUGCCACGCAACGAGCCUGCCAUCCGUAACUCCCUCCCGCCCUGCAGCCGGGCGCAAAAUGUCGGGGACUCAGAGGUGGCUGCUAUUGGACAGCUGGCCUUCCUGCGGCAUCUGACGCUAGCCCAGCUGCCCAGUGUCCUGACAGGCUCUGGGCUGGUCAGCAUCGGCCUGCAGUGCCAACAGCUCCAGUCCCUGUCGCUGGCCAACCUGGGCAUGAUGGGGAAGGUGGUCUAUAUGCCCGCCCUCUCAGACAUGUUGCAGCACUGCAAGCGGCUGAAGGACCUCAGGCUGGAGCAGCCCUACUUCAGUGCCAACGCCCAGUUCUUCCAGGCGCUAGGCCAGUGCCCCUCCCUGCAGCGCCUGUGCCUGGUCUCCCGCAGCGGCACCCUGCAGCCUGACGCUGUGCUGGCCUUCAUGGCCCGCUGCCUGCAUGUUGUUGUGUGUCACUUGUUCACCGGGGAGUCCCUCGCCACCUGCAAGAGCCUGCAGCAGUCACUUCUCCGCAGUUUCCAGGCUGAGCGGCCUGCGCUGAACGUCGUCAUCUUCCCUCUGCUGCAUGAAGGCCUGACCGACGUCAUCCGGGAUGUCCCCAUGGUGCACCUGGACGAGAUCACCUUGUUUAAAAGCAGAGUGGCUGAAGAGCCUCCAAACCUGUGGUGGUGAGAGGGCCGGGCCCAGCACUGGGCUGAGCUGCCUGCUUCGAUCUAAGUCACCAGAGGAUGCCACUGCUGCUCUCCGCCUGCCCGCAGGCCCCCAGGAGCCCUGGUUUGUCACAGGAGGAAGAAAGCUGUCUCUCCCGGCUGUCUUGCAGCUCCCACUCUGGCUCCCAGGGCUCCUGCUGUUUCCUCUCACUUUCUGUUGUGAGGACUUGCUGUCAGUGAAGUUUGGGUUGAGGGUUCACCCUCUGGAUGACGUGAGGGGGAUCAGCUGGGCCAUCGACGUGGUGGGGAGUGGCUGAGCCAGGCUGCCCUGCGGGCCUAGCCAGGAUGUACUUGCGGCCCUGUCCACAUGCCCAGCACACCGGUGGAAGGGCUGUGGGCCCAGGGCUGCUGCCCCCUUGCUUCAGUCCUGAAGAGUCCCCUUGGCUCUUGUGUUUGUGGUCAUCCGCCAUCCGGGCUCCAUGGAUGGGCAGCGGCUCAUGUGUUAGGUGGACGUGUGCUCUCCUUGCUGAGACAGUGACCAUGUGUCCAAGUAUCCCCUUGCUUCAUCGUGCCAUCUGUAGGUGUGACAUAGUGAGGGGCUCAUAAAUUUUAUGGCUGCAGAUUUGGGGUGCUUCUUCCCAUUAACACAUAUUUUAACCCAAUUAUGUCUCGGCGACGUUCCAGCCAGAUGAUGUAUGUGGCCCAGCAGGAACCCUCUGGAGCUGGGACUGCUGCCCCGCACCCCCUGGGGCUGUUGAGCCCAAGGAGCAGGGCCUUCUCCUCAUGAGAGAGGCCUCCUCACCGGCCACACAUGAUUCAUGGCAUUCGGCUUUGGAAACUCCAGCUCUCCAUGAAGGUCUGCAUGUAUUUCUGGAGGAAAAAAAAAAAAUACAUAUAUUUGGUUUUGUUAAAAUAACUUGAAAUAUUAAAACCUAGAAAGGAUGUUUAAGGCUGGAGUAGUGACCAAAUUACCCAGUUUCAGAUAACUUCAUUUAGCACUUAAAGCUAUUCCAAAAAUGAAGAGCCACCUUCCAGUGUCUGAGGCCUCCCCUCUGUCCCAGCCUGGCUGCCUUUGCCUUUCUCAGCCUCCUAGCCUGACAUACCCUGAGCUGGUGGGCUUCUGAAGGGGCCAUGGGUGGGUCCUGGCCACCUGGACUCCUGCCUUUGCCCCUCUUGGUGAUGGGCCCCCAGCAGGCCGCGGGUGGCGUCUGGGUGGCUUCCAGCCUGGGGUGCCUUGGUCUCUGCAGGGGAUGCCUCUCCAGGACCCCAUGGGCUGGGGGUGCAGAGCCUACUAGGCCCUGCUCACAGUGUUGGUGCCCCUGUUGGCUGCCGUCUGCUCUGUCACUGCUGGACCCAGCCCGCCAUCUUCUUUGUUUCUGUGGUGAUGGGCCCCCACCCUGAGUAGUGGCAGUGUCCCUGAGUUUAACCUGCUGUUAAAGAACUGAGUAAACUGGGCCUUGGGUUCUCAGGGCAAGCAGUUCUCAGCAGCUCUGCCCACUCUGGGCUGAGGUUGUCCAGGAUGCCUUCAGAUGCACAACUGCAGGGGCUUGAGUACUUGGGGUCAGAGCCCUGGGGGAAACACAGCCUUUGAUCAGCCCUCUGUAAACACUUGUCUGUCUGGCACCUCCCCAGGUCUGUCUGGCAGUCUGUGCCCCGCCCAGCGGCUCUGCUCCUCUUUGCACAGGUGGAUCUGUGGGGUGUGGUCUCCUCCCUCCUCACCCUGUUUUUCUUGCAUGAGUGGGGUCGUCACCUCCUCUCUGGAACACAGGGCGCCCUCUCCCUGCCCCAGGCUGCAGCCAGCGGAGGCACCUUUGUGUCCUUGCCAGAGGGACCUGUCUGCAGGCUGAUUCCAAGGAAUGCCCUGUACUGAGGCCCACACCAAAGUCUUCACCUUCGCAGCCCUGACGUGUCCUCUGAGAGCCACAAACCUGGGUCCCCUCUUUUCUUGAUCUUGCAAGCCACAGGGCAGGGCCAAGGUCCCACAUAGCUGUAGGUGAGGGUCCAAAAGGUGGUGGGAUAUCCCCUCGACCUCACCCAUUUCUGAGCAUUUCUUUUCUUUCUUUUUUUGGCAGCUGGCCCAUACAGGGAUUGAACCCUGGACCUUGGCAUUAUCUGGACAUUUCUUUAGAGCUUUAAAAUGGCACCUGAAGCCACCAGACAAGGGUGAUCAGAUUGGGUGGUGUGGGGCUGCCUGGGACUGACCGCUUCUUGUCCUCAAAGCCAGGGGGUGGCUGGUUGCAGCCUGAGGGGCAGGGGGCAUGCGGCCUAGGAGGGAGGCAGGUGGCCUGGAAGAUUCCGGUCCUUCAGGGGCCUUUGUGGCUUUUGUGUCCUCUCCUUUCCUCCAGAACCCUGGGGGCUUUGGGGCUUGGGUGCCAUGGCUUUUGUGCUCUCCCCCUUUCCUCCAGAACAGUUCCUAGCUUGAGUUGUCUUUCCAUGAGGAAUUUUUCCAAAACGCUGUGACUGUGUUUUUAUGAUCUCGCCUGGAUGGCCUGUUCUCAUGAGCAAGCAGUUUUAACCAGUAGCAUAAUUUAUGCCGAUAAACAGGGCUGGCUGGGGAGGGGGCUGUUCAUGAGAGGCUGGGGGCACAAAGGGCUUUGGAGAGCAGCCCCCAACAGUAGACCUUGUUUUUUUAGUGUCCCCUGCAACAAUCCUUUGACUUAGAGCAAGGAUCUCCACUGUUUCUACAUCCGAGACAGGAUUCACCAGAUGUUAAUAAUGUGCUUAUUUUCGCUAAGUGCUAUUUUGGCACCAGUGUUAAUUGCAUUUUAUAUUCUGCAGCAUUUUACAUUGGGAAAAGAACGCACCCUAAUGGUCCCCAAUUGGCAGCACCGGGCUGUUAAGCAGUGGACCAUAUGCUGCCUGCUGAGAGGAGCGUGGUCAGCACUCAUGCCUGCGCCUGUGUGUGUGUGUGUGCACGUGUGUGUCUGUGCAUAUGUGCCCUGUGUGUGCACAUGUGUGCACACCUGUGAGUGUGUGUCUGCUGUGUACAUGUGUGCAUGUGAGAGAGAGAUGGGAGGAGGUGGGAAGGAGGAGACCCAGGCAUUUAUCCCUGGUUCCUCAAGAGAGAAAACCCCUGACCGCCCACGCUGCCCCCUCCCGCCUGUGCGCUCAUCUCACCUCAGACCCUUUUGCAGGGUGUGUGGGUCUGCAUCAAGCAAUCCUGCAGCCUGCUGCACAUUACCAAGCAACUGGGCCUGCUGGGUCAGAAGCCACCUGAGGGAACCAGGGAAAAGGUGCAUUUCUGAGCCCUCAGCUGUGGGGUCGCUUUUCUCAUUUUCAUGGGCAGGUGAUUUUCUCGUCCAGCCCAGGGAGGCCAGGUGGGGAGCUCUUUACUCUUUUGUACAACAGAGGGGACGGGUUCUAUCCCUGCCUGGGAGCUGCCCUUCAGGGGCCCUGUAGGGAUACAGGCCUGAAGUCUCCUCUGCAGGAGGCCCUCCGUGGGCCUGUGUGUGCACACAGUAGGGGGUGCCUGCUGCUCAGGCCCCAGGCUGCAGCCACGACAGUCUGAGCUCCUCAGGAAUGGAAAAUGUGCUGCUCCAUCUUGUUGGACAGCCCAGCCACACCCUCCCUUAAUUGCUCCCUGUGCUAGGACCCAGAACCGCAGGCCACUUGAACCAAGGGGACCGAAGCUGGGCACAGGCCUGGGCACAGAGCAGUGGGGCCGUGGGAGCCGAUGAGGGUCCACGACUGGUGCCCCCGCCUUGGGCUGUGCAAGUGUUGCUCCUGCAGGAAUGAGUGUACUCCUGCAGGGCAAGUGGGUGUGAGGAUGUGCAUGCAAGGGGUGUUCAUGUGGAUGUGUGCGCGGGUAUGUACAUGUGUGUUCAUGUGCGUGUGCGUACCCCUCACCUGCAGCUGUUGGUGGUGUCCCCUCCAACCCCUGCAUUGCAACCCUUUUGUCCAUCUCUGUGUGACCUUGCCCAGAAACAGCUGAGCUCAGUGUGUUAUUUUAGGGGAUGGAGGUGGGGCAAGACCUUUUCCUGGCUUGGGGGUCUCACUAUAUCUUGUGACCAGGUGCUAAAUGACCGUUCUACAUGUCACCUGCCUUUUUGAUGACUAACCUCCCCGUCCCCAUCUGUCUGGUUGAACUGCCCGCAUGUGGCUUCGCACGGUGAUGCCCGCUCCUGAACUUAGUGUUCACUGUAGCAAACUACAUUCUGAGUGGGUAUUUCCAUGUAAAUUUGUGGCAUGUGGAAAAUUUCAAAUAAAG